CGGGUGUCGGUGCACGUGCGGUAAAUGAUAAUAAUUAUUAUCCGCGUCGGUCGUUGAGUUCCACGAUAAAAAUCGCUAAUUAUAUUAUUACACAUACAAUACUCGAAGCGUUGUAUUUUUCUUUGGUGUUUCCGUUUCGUUUACACGGGACUGUGUGUGUGCGUUCCUGCAAGUAGUCGGUGGCCAAUAAAGGGUUACCUUAGACUUUGAGUGUACAAACGGCGGCACGGUGGAUAAUAUCCUCCAGCGCCGUGUUCGGACGAUUGGGCGGUUCAUCUGUGCGGCGGCGGCGGUCGGAGUGAAAACGUCGAAUCAUGAGCACGAGAUUUCACAAGGCUGCUCAAGACGGUUUUGUUAACAUACUGAAAGAAGCGACGAAACGAGAUUGCAACGCCAAAGACGAGGACGGUAUGACGCCCACUCUAUGGGCCGCUUUCAAAGGACACUUGGAGGCGCUCAGAAUACUCGUCGGAAGAGGAGGCGAUCCAGAGAAAUGUAACUACCAUUUAGGCCAAAACGCUUUACACUUGGCUGCUUCCAGGGGUCAUAUGGGUUGCGUUACCUUUCUGGUGGGGUUCGACGUUAACCUUUGGGCUUUGGACUUGGAUUUGUUGACGGCCAUGCAGUUGGCGGCCAUACACGGCAAAUCUCAAGUUUUGCAGUACUUGGACAAAGCGGCCGCAGCACAAACAUUGCAAAACCCUUGUUUGGGAAUUUUAUUAUUAAGUGCGACGUCUGCUGCGUUUGGUUUUAGGAAGAGGGUGGAAGCUAAAAAGGAUAAGGCGCAAAAAGACGCGGAAAGAAAUCAGAAAAAAUACGACGACCGGAUGAAAAAAGAAAGAGAAAAAGAAAAAAAACAAAUUAAAAAAGUCGAAAAGGAGUAUUUAGGUGGCAAUAAAGUAGACUCCGAUACCGCCAUACCUACCGUUCGAGUAAUACCUGCUUCCUUGAGAAAAUCGUCGUCAGACCUGUCGUGUAAAUCGUUUACCGAAAUUGUAGGAUCAGGUACCAUAAAAAAGCCGUUGGUCAGCACCGGCGGGGUGAAGAAAAUAUUGGACAGGAAAAUUAAGGCAAUGGACGGUAACGGCAACCGAACCACUAACAAAUCGACGUUCAGACUUCUUAAAGACGUCGAAGACAGUACCAGCGUGCGGACCAUGACGUCCAACGGUGACUCUCAGAUAAUUUAUGUGAACUCGUACGAAAACGAUAACGGAGGAAAGAGAGGUAGAAUAUCGGACGUGUUUGAAUUGCACCGAACGAUAUCUCAGCCUGACUUUUUGAUGAACCUGCACAACAACGACUUAAACAAUAUGCACAGACACGACCAGGGCAGUAUGUUCGACAGACCUGGUUUUGGAAGCGUUGCGUUUAGGAAAAACAUAACUACAAUCCCGGUUCCGGACGUAUCCAGAGCGACCAUAGAAGACGAACAAUGCAGCAUCGGUAGUGCGGGCAGCCUAGUGAAGCGAAACCAACCCAGCAGCACCAUGUCCUGGGACGAAUUUCAGAACAGCGACGAGGAAAAUAUAGCGUUAAACGGACGCAGUGCCAAGUGGUCGGUAGUACAUAAUUUUUUGGUCUCGGCCGGUGUGGGCGAAUACGUCCAAAAGUUUAUCGAGCAGCAAGUAGACCUGGACGCUCUGUUUAUGCUCGACGACCAGGAUCUCAUCUCUCUCGGUCUGCCACUAGGUCCAAGAAAGAAACUUUUAAAAGCCAUAGCUGAACGGGACACGAUAAAGCGUGUCAAUGGAAUGGACAACGAAUCUGGCAAAAUUGUUCAAUGAGUUUUGUUCGACACACAAUAUGUUUUUUAGGUGUAUAGUUCCACAAUUUUUUUAACCACUUGUUUGUACGUGUUAAAUGUUGUUUUCGAAUUUUCUGGUAGGACAAAAGUAAAAAUUUAACAUAUUAUAUAAUAUAUUGAUUACUAAAAAAAUGUUAACAUUCUUUUAAAAAAAAAAAUUCAAUUGCUGUAAGAUUAACCCGCGUUCAAUUAAACAAAUUCUCCGUUAAAGCGGAGUAGACAUUUUAUCUGAGUCUGAGUAAUAAUUAUAAUGUAUGCUACUUAAUAAACACGUUAAAAACAUGAAAUGUCUUUAAAACAUACCAAGUAAUUUAUUUUAUUUUCAUUGCGAUGACUGGCGAAAUCUAGACUGUCAUUUGUUAUGUUUAACGUUAGA